AUGCGUGUUCCAUCAAUUGCGUUGGCGUUCUUUCUGGCCACCACAGUGCCUUCGGUACAAGCAGAUGAUGGUGGCCUAGUCUUCACUGGCCCAGAUCCAGAUUCGCCCCUCAAUCUCUCUUCGAACGCUAUUAGGAUCUCCUGGACAAUUGAUCGAGCUAGGAGCAUCGGUAAUUGGCAGCACUGGCGCUCAUUCGACCUGCAUUACAUCACCUUGACCAGCGGCGGCACGACAGUCGACUACACCAUUGGCAGGAACAUCAGCAUCCCUGACGGCGAUAGCAGCUUCACAUGGGAUCCCUCGAGCAUCUUGGAAGGACUUAAUGAUAGCGGCAAUGGUGAUCUUUGGCUUGAGGACGGCGAGGAACACUAUUUUGAGGCGCGGAUCAAGAACAUGGGCAGGUGGGGGGCAACGACGGUGCCGAGCGAGAAGUAUACUGUGGAAGGCUAUGAUCGGAUUGGAAGCUUGGCUACCGAGUUAGAUUCUUCAUUUUUCAAAAUGGCGGCUGGGCUGGCUAUUUCAGGUGCUUGGAUCGCUCUCUUCUAG